AUGGCACACCCCGACCUUACAUCGCAUCACGUCAACUACUUAAUAUGGCGGUAUCUUCAAGAAGCAGGUCACGGUGAAGCCGCCGUAUCACUGCAGCGCGCAUGGUACCCUGACCCGCAGAGUCUGCCUUUUGCGCGUCACAUUCAAACCCAUGCGUUGGUAUCGCUGGUCCAAAAGGGCCUGCAGUACCACGACUUGGAGUCCUCCAUUGACAAGGAGGGAAAUAUUAUCACAUCCAAACCAUCAGACUAUUUCUUCGGGCCUGAGCCUUUUGACGUAAGGGAUUUGCAAAAUCGCGAUGAGCCUGAACCUGAGCCAGCCGUUGCGCCGGAGUCUCGCGACCGCGCGACGAAUGGUCACCCGGUCGAGACCGGCAAACAGACCGGCAAGGGUGCGAAUGGCGAAGAAGCAAUGGAAGUCGACGAAGAAACCGAAAGUAAAGCGGGUUCACCGAUCCCGGACCGCCUGGAUGGCGAUGGAGAUGUGAGCAUGGGGGCCGAAGAGGUGCCUCAGGAACCCAUCCUGACAACCGGCCCCAGCGUCGGCGUCCAGAUCUCCCCCGCCAAGGCCGCCGAUUUGGCGCCCGACACCGCCUUGCUCCAGACCGACGAUCACGUGCUCUCCACGGCCUGGCAUCCCCAGGACUCGAACCUGCUCGUGGCAGCCGGCGAGACCUUCUGCAGUUUGUGGAAGCUCUCCAAGGCAUCAGACCCAGUGCAGAACCGAUUCCUGGAUCUCAAGGGUAGCGGCGCUUAUGUCUCAGCCGUCGCGUGGGACGCCAUCGGCGCUAAAUUGGCUGUGGCGUCCAUUCGGGACUUGAAAGGAACGGUCACCAUGUACAAUCCCGAUGGCAAUGUGGUGGACCUAUUGCCCGAUCUUCCACGGGUGAUUAGUGGAUUGCAUUGGGCAGAAGAUGGCCCGCAACUAGCUAUUGUCGCAUCGGACGACCGAACCUCAGAACUGGCCCUUUGGGACGACAAGCGCCGGCCAGAUGUAUUCCCGCUACCCCAAAUCAUCGACAGCCAUAUUUACGAUUUGGCGUGGUGUGGACGCAACCAAGCAUUUGCCUGUGGCAAUGGGGCUGUCUAUCAAUGCGAUGUUGACCAAGAUAUCCGCCUCACCAAGACCUAUCCGUCCGCCAACACCGAGGCCGGCUGGACCUUCAUUCGCUGUAUACAAACAGAAACUCAGUCAGUGGCAGUCACAGCCAGCCAUGAGAAAUUUGCCAUCUGGAUCCCCACACACGACAUUCUCAUUGAAAACGCCCACCAAGACUUCAUCACAGGAAUUGACAUCCGUCCGCAACCACAAUCACAAAAAGGGACCUCUACAAUCACGAUCGCCUCAUAUUCGACCGACGGCAAUGUCAACGUGUGGCAAGUGGAUCUGGAAUCGAAGCAGUACAAGCGUGUCCAUCGCCUGCGCCUGGGCACCUCUCUUCCUGCUCUUGCUGGCGGCUUCUCCCCGGAUGGAUAUGCUCUGGGUGCAGUAAGCAACCAUCGUCUCUUCAUCUGGAACGCAGACCGUGGUGGCGAGCCUGUAUCUACGUGGACUGCACCCGGCUCCGACGAAAUCAAGGAAGAAUCCGAGCACACAAACGGACAAAAUGGACACACAGCGACGAAUCCCGAUUGCGCUUUGUCAUGGGACUUCGAUGGCAAAAAACUUGCGUACGGCUUUGGAAAUCAGGUGAGUUACAUCUUGAAUACCAAGAAAUCAAGACACAUUCCUAACCCCGAUCAGAUGGCCAUUGUGAACAUGCAACGGUGA